AUGGACGAAAUUUGGCAUCGUGGUGCUAUUAAGCGUCAGCAGAAAAUUGGUUUAGCCCCCAAGAAUUUUCAUGCUGACACGCUUGCUACAUUAGGGGAUGACGUUCCAGCUUUACCAAGAGAACAAAAGUGGACAGCAGAAUUUUGGAGGGGGACUAGGAGUUCUGGGCUCCCCGUAACUACCACCACCAAGGAAAACAUUGAUCGUGUUCACCGCAUGGUGAUGGAUGACGAGCAAAUGACUAUAAAUCAAGUAACUAAUGCGAUUAGUAUAUCCUGUGAGAGAGUUGAAAAUAUUCUGAACUAUGAAGUUGGCAUGAGGAAGGUUUCUGUUCGGUGGGUGCCUCGUCUUCUGACACCUAAUCAAACGCACACCAUGCUGAUCACAUCACAUAAAAUUCUGACAUUGUUUGAAACAGAUCCAGUUGGUUUCCUUAAAAGUCUCCUGACUCAGGAUAAGUGUUAG